AUGACUUCGACCGUUCGGGCUUAUAAAGGACUCCUGACUAAACGAAGUAAGAUAGUCUCUGACUGGAUACAAGAGAACGCUACCUUAGUCAGCACGGUCCCAGGUUCAGAUCCCGAAAGACUGGAGUGGAUUAGUGAUAUUAGGGCUUCCUUGAAGGUGUGUAAUGAUAACAUUACCCUCUUGGAAACUACGAUGGCUAAGCUCGCCGACGCGUUUGAUGACUUAGAGGAGCACACUGCAGAUGAAGAAGUGCAGCUGAAUAAGUACAUAGACGGCGCGCAGGAUACUAUAAUGAAGUUACAUCUUCAUAAGGCAGAAAUUGAGCGGCGUAUCAGUCGUUACACUGAAACAAAUCUCACAGAACGGCAGAAUAUAGGACCUUCUACGAAAUUUCAUGGAAGGAUACAGAAGACUGCGAUGGAGGAACAUUUGCAAAAACAGCAAGGAAAUAGCCCUGAGUGGAGUUUGGAGCGCUGGCUCAGUGCGAUUGAUACGAUCAUCACGAAGGAAGAGACAUUGAAAAGCAUGCUUCCCAAAGAAUCGGGUGUGGAAAAACCACACGAUUCCAGAGAGAGGCUUGGGGGUAAUAACUGUGAAUACUGUAGACAAAAGGGACACCGUUGGAAUUCGUGCCCGAAAAUUCCAUCCCCCUUUGCGCGAAGGAACUUCUUGAUUAACACGAAGAGAUGUCUCAACUGUGGGUCACUAGCACAUCAGGUGUCGUCAUGUGCUAGUGGUAGUUGUCGUAAGUGUAACGGUAAACACCACACUGCGAUAUGUUCCAAGAGUGCAACCCAUAUGCAAGAACAGGAUCCACGGCUCUCAGGGGCAUCAAGUCAGAAGAGGGAUCCUAUGCAGCAGACCUCUCUCUCCAGUGUUCCGUCUUCUAAGAAGGUAGGAAAGGGUAGUAAGAAACCCCAGUCUUCCUCAAAGCAGCAUGUGGUCACUUUGGAUCUAACCGAGCCACAACUGCCACAGCAUCAUCAGGAUGACGAUGCUGUGGUGCUACAUAUGAAGGAAAGGCAUGUACUCAAAAGCAACCGGGAAAAGGUUGUUCUACUAGCAGGUUCAGUGGACGUACAGGACUGUGUAGGAAAGCUACGAAAGGUUAUUGUGUUACUCGACACUGGAUCUGAACUCUCCUUUAUUGAUGAACAUCUCGCGAAUGAGCUCGGAUUAAAGGUAAUAGAAAAAUCGCCUCUGCUCAUAAGCACAUUUGGUUCACCGAAAUCGAUGUUGAAGGAGUGUGAUGUCACAACGCUCACUAUACGUGAUAUAGAGGGAAUGCGCCACGAAGUUCGCCUCCAUAAGAAUGAUUUCAUUACUGGCACUAUUGAGCAGGCAGAUUUGGAGCAACGUGAUCUCGACUUUAUUGCGAAGCAAGACCUCGUCCUAUCGUUGCCACUCAAUCAACAUGGUCUACAACCUCAGAUACUUCUCGGUUGUGACUAUCUAUGGAACUUCAUGGUACCAAUGACUGUGAAUGGACCAAACACUCAAAGGAUCUAUGAUUUUCACGUCCUUCCAAACCAACCCCAAAGGAUACCGCCAUUCACCAUCACCCUUUCGUCACUUAGUGUGCCUCCUACCCCUCUCUUAAACUCCCAAUUUCUGACUGAUGGCAUUCGGACAGCCUUUGCGCCUAAGAAUUAUGAUCCACCACUCAGGUGUCGGUCAUGGGAAGAUGCCAGCAAUAUGACAUGCGACGUGUCAGAAGAUUGUAAGUGCUCACCCGCAGAAACGAGGAUGUUGUGUGAUUGUAGGGAAUUCAACCUUACCUCUUACAUUUCCAAGUUGGAAUACCAGUUGCCAAUAUUACGACCAAACCUGGAAUUUCGAACGAGCAACAGAAAGUUGAUAGCAAGGAUUCUACACUCAACAACAGCAGAGUUUAUUCUGAGAAUCAAGGACAAGGUUAGCACGACAGCUGUAACAUCAGACGCCAUCUGCUCAGUUCAAAACGCACUGUGCACAGGCUGCUAUAACUGCGCAAAAGGUGCACGAGCCCAGAUUGUAUGUACCUCGUCAACUAGGGAAGAAAGGGCAGAAAUUCGAUGCGGGAAUAACGCAUUCACGGUUCCAUGCUCAAGCGAAGGAAUUCAGUCGGAGCUCCGUUUUACAUCGGAUAGAGCAAAAUUUAACAUCGACUGCACCGUGCAGUGUGGAAACGCUCAGCAAGAAUUCCAGAUUGUCGGAACGCUUCGCUAUACAGGAAGCAUGUUCAUGGCCGCACGGCGAAUUAUCAAUGGAGAAAGCGAGCUAUACUCGGAAAUAAAUUUGCCAGAUUUUGGUCACAUGCUUGAUGUUUUCCUGAAAUGGAGUGGAACUCUUCUAUUUACUGGUAUCGCGGUUGCGAUAGCACUGGCGGUUACUUAUUUCUGCAUAGUUAAUAGUGCAUGCUGUUUGUUCUUCAAACUAAUACUCUGUGUCGUCAAGCUAAUUACUCAUUUGCUUUUCCGGGCGAUUCGAAUCGGAGUAUGGACUCCAAUGAAAGGGCUGUGGCAAAAAAGCAGCCGCGACGGUGGGAAGCCGACGGAAAAACUACUCUGA